ACGGGCAGAGCUGCUCUACGACUGCUCUGGAAGGAGUGGACGGGGCAAAAAUCCUGACGAUGACCCCCCACAGGCUGCUGCCACCGCUGCUGCUGCUAACUCUACUGCUUGUUGCCCGCCCAACAGGCGCCUUGGCGCAGUGCCCAGGCUGCGGGCAGGGGAUGCAGGCGGGAUGUCCUGGGGGCUGCGUGCAAGAGGAUGAGGGACAGCCGGCGGAGGGCUGUGAAGAAACCGGGGGCUGUCUCAGGAGAGAGGGGCAGCAGUGUGGGGUCUACACUCCUAACUGCGCCGCGGGACUACAGUGCCAGCCGCACAAGGACGAGGAGGCGCCUUUGCGGGCGUUGCUGCUGGGCCGGGGCCGAUGCAGCCCGGCCCGGGCAGCCGCUGAGAAUCCGAAGGAGAGUAAACCCCAAGGAGGCACCACUCAUCCACAGGACGUGAACCGCAGAGACCACCAGAAGAAUCCAGGGACCUCCACCACUCCCGCUCGGCACAAUCCUGGGGGUGUCCAAGAAACUGAGAUGGGCCCCUGCCGCAGACACCUGGACUCAGUGCUACAGCAACUCCAGACUGAGGUCUUCAGAGGGUCUCACACCCUCUAUGUACCAAAUUGUGACCAUCGAGGCUUCUAUCGGAAGCGGCAGUGUCGUUCCUCCCAGGGACAGCGCCGAGGCCCCUGCUGGUGUGUGGAUCGGAUGGGCCAGCCUCUACCCGGGUCUCCAGAUGGCAAUGGAAGCUCCCUCUGUCACACAGGGGGCAGUGGCUAAAGCAGGGUGGGGAGCAGCAGGGCCAGUGGCAGGAGCGUGGGGCUGUCAUCUUGGGUUAUUAAGUGAUAAGUAACUCAGGGGCUUUGAGUCCCACCAUACACCUUCAGGCCCUGUGUCAUUGUCCCCCUCACUCCUGGGUCCUAUUUCACAUCUAGUUGAAAUAAUUGUUGGUAUCAGCCUGGGAGGUUAAUAAAGCUGUGUUGGGGGUCUCAG